AUGGCAGGUUAUAUUGCUAAACAACUCGUGGCAAAACCUUUGGAUGCAGUUAAAAAUGUUGCCAAGGAUGCCGGUUCACUUACUGCUCCGAAUGAAGAAGAUUCAGAGGCAUCAAUAAUUGCAGCUGAGGAAAAACGUAGAGAAAAAUUUGAAGGAUUAGAAGAGCAAAGAGAAAAUAUGAGACAGACAAUUAGAGAUAAAUAUGGACUGAAAAAGAAGUCUGAUUUACUGGAAGUUGGUACACCCAACAGUUCACGAAGAUCAUCAACUCAUCGAGUCUCUGAUGUCAACUUGAAUACUCAUCGUCGAUCUGCUCAAGAUGAUUCGUUUAUGAAAUUCAUUCCAACUGCAAUACAAGAUGUUGCAUCCAGAGCAGUGAUUUUACCACAACAAUUAGCACAACAAGCUACAGAUAAAUGUUGUAUAAUGUAA